AUGAAUAACAGGAUUGUUGCAACGGAUGGAAGUUGGAUGUGCAGGAGGUGGGUGUUACCUUCAUCUGGGAAAAUAAACUUGUGUGUGGAUGGUAGUUUCCGGUUGCAGGCGCAAUGUAUGGGUGCAGGAGGUCUGGUUUGGGAUGCCCAAGGGCAGUGGGUGCAUGGUUUUCAUGCCUUCCCAACGGUGGGGAACGCGCUGAUGUCGGAAGCUUGGGCCUUGAAGCUUGGUAUGCAGCUGGUGUGGGAUUGGGGCUUCCGGGAGGUCAUCUGCAAUGUUGAUUGUGGUGAAUUGUUGAAAUCUUUCGAUGAUGCAGAGAGUAGGUUGUUCCUCCCUAUCCUGGAUGAAAUCCGCGAGCUCAUGAGCAAGCAAUUGGCAGUCUCUCUGAUUGGUGUCAAACGUGAAUGCAAUAUGUCGGCAGAUUGGUUAGCAAAGAGAAAAGUCUCUUCCCCUACAGUGCCUCUGUGA